CUGGCAAUAGCUUCCCCAAUCGAGUGUGGAUAUAGGAGUAAAGUAGAGCAGCAAGUCAUCUUUCCAAUUUCAACGCUCCGAAAUCCCAAAAAUCCGACCAAAAAGAUUCAACAACAAUGUCAUGGCUUGUCCGAUCGAUCACUAACUCUCUUCGACUCGACGACGACGAUGACAAUGGUGAAUCCAAUAACCCCAAUUAUCUCACCAAAGACAGCAAUCAACCUCAUCCCCAAUCCGAUCCACCAUCACCUGAACAACGCGGCGUCAAAGAAGACCUCUCCGACCUCACCCAGACCCUGACCCGCCAGUUCUGGGGCGUCGCCUCCUUCCUCGCCCCUCCGCCUCAGGCGCCUGAACCGAGUGGCGACGACUCGGAUCGGGAGUCGACCGACGCGGCGGGGAUCGAGGGAAUACGGAGCGAUAUCGCCGAGAUUGGGGGGAAGUUCAAGAGCGGAAUCUCGAAGCUCUCGAGUAACAUAGGGGUGUUGGAGUUCUCGAAAAUCGCGUCGAAUUUUCUGCAGUUGGGGUCGGAGGAGCAGGAGGGAGGUUAUAAUGGAUCUGCCGUUGGGGUUACUGAGGAAGUGGUGGCGUUCGCGAGGGACGUCGCGAUGCAUCCCGAGACUUGGAUGGAUUUUCCUUUGCCCGAAGAGGACGACGACGACGAGGAUUUUGACAUGUCUGAUGCCCAACAAGAGCAUGCUUUGGCAGUUGAAAGUCUUGCACCAAGAUUAGCUGCUCUCAGGAUUGAACUUUGCCCUGGCUAUAUGAGCGAGAGCAGCUUUUGGAAGAUUUAUUUUGUUCUCCUGCAACCUAGACUCAAUAAACAUGAUGCUGACCUUUUGAUAACACCCCAGAUAGUGGAAGCCAGAGCCUCGUUGACGCAGGAGUUACAGAACAAAACCAAGGCAAAGCCAGAACAAGACUGGUCGGGAAUGGACACUUCUUAUUCAAAUGACAUUGCCAACCCACGGCAUGAAAAGGGUAUUUUAGUUCCUUCCAAUGCUCAAGCUGAAUAUGUGCAGCUUGAACCGACCACUUCCACAGUGGAUGCUGAUUUUGAGACAGAGAAGCACGCAGUCCGGACUCAGAGCACUGAGAUUCUGAUUAUUGACAAGUCUGUUGUUGAGGAAGGGCCAACAAACUUGGCCAAGGACAAAAAGUUGCACUUUGAUUCGUCUUCUAGAGGGUUUGAAGAGAAAUACGAAGACGAUGGUGAUGAUUGGUUAAAGGAAGAAAGCUCAGAGAUAGUUGGUGCUAGUGGGACCGGUGUGCCUGUUGAGAAUGAAGAGGAUGUAUCGUUCAGUGAUCUCGAGGAAGAUGAUGGAGAUGUUCCCACUAGUUACAAGAAAGUAACAUAUGGCUCCGAUUCUUCAACUAAAGAAUCAAGGGAUUGGGUUCAGUUGGGCAGAAGCUCUACCGACUCGAACAAGGAUGUCAACACUGUUGGUGUUGAUCGUGCUGGGUUUGACCAGGCAAGUGCGCAUGACCCUGAGACGAAGGAAUCUAAUGACUGGCUUGAUGUUGAUGAGAUUGAUGUGGAGUAGUGUCACUCUCGGAGCUGUCUAGAAUGAUGCCUUAAAGUAAUUGUUCACCCUUCCAUGUUGUGAAUAGGCUGCUCGAUGUUUUUACGAUUCAAUGAUUGUAUAUAAACCUGGGGAUACACUGGAUGUUUGCUUAUGGAAACUUUAUUACAUGUUUACUGGUGAUAUCAGAAUAAUGAGAACAAUUCAUGUUCUA